AUGAAGUUAUUUGCUCUACCAAUAAUAAGAAGCAAAGUCGCGUAUUACUGUUACAGCAUACCAAAUAAACAAACACGUUUAUCCAAAGCAACUCGUUACGCAACAAAAAAAUGGGAUAAUCUUUCUCAAGCCGAAAGUUCCAGUUGGAAAUAUAAGAUAUAUGUUAAUGGACAAAAGUUAUUGGAUAGAAUGGAUCACCAAGAAUAUUUUUUAAAAGGUGUUCCAUUGAAAGAAGAAUUAAAAGUAGAAAAUGAAUCGAAAGUAGAAGAAAAGGAAGAUACUGCAAGUGAAGUUAUUCCAUUAUUUUAUCCAUCUAAUAUUAUAAAAUCCGAAAAAAUUAUUAUGAAACUUGAGGAAUUACUUGAAAAUCGAUUACCAUAUCAUCGAAAAUAUAUGAUAUAUUCUGGAAUGUGUUUACCUUUAUCAGCUACAUUUACAAUUGUUCCAAUUAUACCAAAUAUUCCAUUCUUUUAUAAUGUCUUUCGUUUAUAUAGUCAUUAUAAAGCAUUCAAGGGAGCACAACAUCUUCGACACAUCAUUAACGAUAAAAGACUGAUUCCUACAAAUUGUGAAAAAUUAAAUCAAAUAUAUAAUGGAUUAAAUAUAGAAAAUGGAAAUGAUACAAUUGAUGAAUUUCAUAUUCAAAGGAUUGCGAAAGAAUUCAAUAUAGAACAUUUGGAGGUUGAUGUGAAAAGAGCCAGGAGUCAAAUUUUAGAAAAUAUGAAUAUUAAAUCUAAUAAUAAAAAGAAAGAAAAUACAGAUGCAAAAAAUACAGUUGUUGAAGAUAGUGUUGUAACAGAAGCAGCAACAACAAAAGUGUCGGUAGUAAAAGAUGGCAUAACAACAACUCUUCAAGCAACAUUACCAACUCAUUCGUAUUAUCCAACAACUCUUGAAUCGUAG